GAUCUAUCAGAUUUUUAUUGCUACAUAUAACAUAUUGUCGUUCUCAUGAAAAAUAUUUUAUUUCGUUCUUUUAUAAGGCUAACGAAAACACGAUAACAAUGAAACGUUAACGCAUUCCGGCGUAAAAUCACCGGUGUGGAUGGCAAGAUUGGGAAGAGGAGGAUGGUGCACACUCAAGAUGUAUAAAACGAAAUAAUAAUACGUAUUAUUAUUCUUGCGUGUACGUUUUAGUCUCCUCCCGAAUUACAUCACAGAACACCAGCUCCACGGUAUUGAUGGGUCGCACGGAUGACGUACACGGCGAAGCAGCAGCACUCGGGCGCACAGGACGCAUGGCAACCAGGAGAGCAAGCGAGAGAGAGAAGAGGAGGAGGAAGGACAGAAGGAGAUUACGUAAUAGCGGGGGCAGCGGGUAGGAAACAGUGACGGCGGCGGCGGCGGGGAGAGUUUGCGAUCUGUAUACGUUUCCUCGUUGUCGCGUCCGCGGGGGGGCGCGGUCGGCAGCGGCCAACACUAGGAUACGGGGGAAAGACAAGGGGAUGCGGGUCGUCGACUUGUACGCGCACACACACGCCCGCAGCCGCCGCCGUAACGCGCGAGCGGCCACCAGUGUUGUUGUGUAAAAUUGUGUUGUACGCCGUGCACACGGUGGCUGGACGUCGCACGCAUCGUACGUGUACGACAUUGAUCAGUAGUGUGCGCGAUCGGUGUGUCCAAGAAAACACGGUAAGCAGCAGCAGCAGCAACAAAAGCAUGUCGUCGCCAGCAGCAGCGGCCGCCGGCGGACCAGACGAUGACGAGCAGCAGCAAAUGCAGCCGCUGCCCGCCGACCCGGAUUGGCUGUCGGGCGUCAUCAGCCGGUUGAUCGACCAGCCACGCGACGCGGUAACGGUGAUCAGCGACCGCACGUUCGCCACGCCCGCCGUGUCCGACCCGCACAACGUGCUAAGCUCCAUAGUGGCCGUGCACAUUGUGUACGCGGUGGAAGGCGUCGCAGGCACCGACUCGCUGGACGUGGUCAUCAAGAGCCUGCCGCAAGAGCCCUAUUCCCGGGCGUUCGUGCUCGAGGCUCAGUUCGACUACAGAGAAGUGCACUUUUACAACACGGUAUUAUUUGAAUUAAGAAAUCUAGAAAAAGAUGCGCUGCCAAAGCAUUAUCAUUCAACAAUUGGUGACAUGCCAGUAGCCAAAUGUUACUUUGCUGGUAUGAGUGCAAGCGGUAAAGACGAGUCGAUGCUUGUGCUGGAAAACUUAUCCAAACGUGGCUAUACUGCAGCUAACUUUUCUACUGGACUAACGUAUACAGAAGCCAAACUCGCUCUUCGCUCUAUAGCCCGAAUCCACGCAACAUCCCUUGCAUUAAAACUUAAACACGGACUGCUCACAGAACGUUGGCCAUUCUUAUUCCAAACGUCUCGUGCCACAUUAUCAUACCAAGCACUGGUCGAACGAGGAAUGCCGCAAUUACACGUAUUCCUGCGAUCUAAAGGGCCUCAAUAUGAUACGUUAAUCAACACGCUUAGAUCACUUUGUCGUUUCACUAAACAAAUUAUUGGAUCACUAAUGAUACCUAAAGAACCCAUGGGAUUGAUGACACAUACAGACUUUUGGUGUAACAAUUUAAUGUUCGGAGAACAAGACCAAUGUGUAAUACUAGACUGGCAAAUGAUAUCCUACAGUAGACCAACCAACGACGUAGCACUUUUGCUUGUAAGUAGUUUAUCAACGGAAACAAGAAGAAAUCAUUCAAAUGAACUGGUGGACAUCUACUGGGAAGCUUUAACAACACAUGCAAAUAAAUUAGGUGUAGAUAUAGAGGGACAACUUGAAUACAGCAGAUACGACUUAGAUGAAGAUAUGAAGGAAUCAAAGUUGUUAGCAGUACUUCUGUGUAUAGGAUCAGUGGAUGUUGCUUUAGGCAAUGAAGAAACGGAACAAAGAUUACUAGACCUGUUGACUGAUCUACAAGCUGAAGAAAUUUUCAAUAGACAUCUUAAUGAAAUUUCAGCAUAGUAUUUAUUCUAUUUUAUAUUUAUUUAUAAUUUAUUUCUCCUUUCUCGAGUAAUAAUUAAUUGUAGAGCUUUCACACAAUAUAGAGAACAAUUUACUACCUA